UCUACGGAGAUGCCAGCAUGGCGGCAGCAUGAGUUCUGAACGUUGGAGCUCUGCCGAGAGAACUCUGGACUCAUAUUGUUGGGAAUUUCUGACUUGGCUAGAUGCUCAUCCGGGCAAACUCCGGCCACACCAUGAGGCCCAGAGACAGCGGAGACUACACUAUGAACGAUGGGUCAUUCCUGAGUGCCAGCACCCUGGCAAGCAGCAGUGUCACUACCCAGCUAACAAGUCCCCCGGACAGGAAGAUAUGCAUCACCAAGAAACAAAAUGACGGGAAGAAGAGGGUGGUCUGGGGCAUCGAGGUUGCCGAGGAGCUGCAGUGGAGAGGCUGGGAGCUGGGCAAGGAGACCACGAGGAACCUGGUUCUGAAAAAUCUCUCUUUGAAAAUCCAGAGGAUAAAAUACAGGCCUCCCAAGACCAAGUUCUUCUUCACCAUCAUCCCUCAGCCCAUCUUCCUGAGCCCAGGCAUAACCCUCGCACUCCCCAUCAUCUUCCGACCUCUAGAAGAGAAGGAAUACACGGACCAGCUGUGGCUUGAGAAAGAAGAAGGGGUGUUCUGUGUGUCUCUGAAGGCCACCUUGCCCUGCCACAAGCUGGUCUGCCCAACAUCUCUGCAACUGCCCAUAUGUGCCAUUGGGGACACAGUGGAGACUUGGUUCUGUCUGAACAAUGUGGGGGACCUGCCCACCUUCUUCACCUGGGAAGUCCCAAACCCAUUCCAGAUACUUCCCAGCACGGGGUUAUUGGAGCCAGGCCUGGGUUGUAGAAUCAAAGUGACCUUUGAGCCCCUCAUAGCUGUCAUCCAUGAAGUCGAGGCACUGUGCUGGUAUGGAAAGGGCACCAAGCAGAAGAACAGCAUACAGAUCCAGGCUGCAGCUAAAUGUGCACAGCUGCUGGUGAGCAUAAAGCACAAGCAGUCGGAGGACCAGGAUGCCGAGGGCUUCCAGAAGGUGCUGCACUUCGGUUCUGUCUCCGUGGGCUGCACCGUGGAGCGGCAGAUCAGGCUGUACAAUCCAUCCAUGGUUAACGCCCCAUUCAAGAUUGAAAUGUCUGAAGACAUGCUGACCAAAGACCAUGCCUUCUCAUGCUCCGUGGGCCAAGGUAUUGUGCCCCCAGGAGAGAAGAAAUGUCUGUCGGUGUUCUUCCACCCCAAAACCUCGGACAGCAGAGCCAUAGACUACUUCUCCAUUGUGCCUUCUGGUCGUGCCUCCCAAACUGUGCUCCAAGUCGUUGGUCUCUGUAAAGGUCCUGAUGUAUGUCUGCAGCACUACUGUGUCAACUUCAGCUGGGUCCAGCUCGGGGAGCACUCAGAGCAGACCCUGUGGAUCGAGAACCAGUCGGACUGCUUGGCUCACUUCCAGUUUGACAUUGACUGCCAGGAGAGUGUCUUCAGCAUCAGGCCCGCCUUCGGAAGCCUGGCAGGCAAAACCCGAAUGACCCUGCACUGUGCCUACCAGCCCACACACCCGAUCAUCUGCUUCCGGAGGGUGGCCUGUCUCAUCCACCACCAGGACCCACUGUUUCUGGACCUGAUUGGGACCUGCCACUCAGACAACACCAAGCCAGCCAUUCUGAAGCCUCAGCACCUCACCUGGUACCGAACACACCUGGCUCGGGGCUUGACGCUUUACCCUCCUGAUAUCCUGGCUGCCAUGCUAAAAGAGAAAAGGCUGGAACAGGAUGAGAAUGGGGCCCUCAUGUUGCCCACUGCGUCUCUCCCUGUGCAGGACCUGGAGGACUUGCCGGCCCCGAAGUACCCCCAGAUCCCCCCCAUGAUGGAGUACUUUUUUGACGGCACAAGGGACCUGGCUGUCUUUCCCCCGGCUGUCAGUCUAGAGCCUUUUGAUGUGGACUUUGGUGCCUGUCCUGGGCCUAAGGCCCCCAACCCUAUUCCCUUGUGCCUGAGGAACCAUACCAAGGGCAAGAUCACCGUGGUCUGGACUCGCAGAUCUGAUUGCCCUUUCUGGGUGACCCCGGAAACUAGUGAUGUGCCCCCACUCAAGUCCAUAGCUCUGCGCCUGCACUUCCAGCCAGCCUCCCCCAACUGCCUCUACGCUGUGGAGCUGGAAGCCUUUGCUCUUUAUAAGGUCCUUCAGAGCUACAGCAAUAUUGAGGAGGACUGCACAGUGGCCCCAUCCUGGUGUCUGAAGAUCCGAGCUCGAGGACACAGCUAUUAUACUGCCUUAGAGCACCACAUCCCCCAGUAUUCCCUGGAUGCACCCAAGAUGUUCCCAGCAGUGUCUUCUGGGGAGCCUUCCUACAGAAGUCUGCUUUUGGUCAACAAAGGCCCCAUGCUGUUGACCUUCAGCCUGGCUCCCAACAGCAGCUCAGACAUUACCCUGAGGCCCUCCUCAGGCCUUGUGGCUCCUGGGGCCCACCAGGUCUUCCUUAUCAGCACGUACCCCAAGGGCACCUCAUGGAAGCAGCACAUUUUCUACCUGCAAUUCAACUUUUACCCCCAGUAUCUCAAGGAAGUGAGCAUGCAGAGCAGAGAGGAGCCCCUGCAGCUGAAGCUGGACACCCGCAAAAGCAUCUUCUUCAAGCCUACCUGGGUGGGCUGUUCCUCCACCAGCGACUUCACCUUUCACAACCCCUCACGGCUGCCUCUGGAGUUCGAAUGGAGAGUCUCUCAGCAGCACCAAAAGAUGCUGGCGGUCCAGCCCUCCAAGGGCAUCAUCCGUCCUAACGAGAACCUUACGCUGACAUGGAUCUUCAGCCCUUUGGAGGAGACCAAGUACCUGUUCCGAGUGGGGAUGUGGGUCUGGGAAGCCAGACAGUCCCAAAAGACCAAUUCCCGAGCCACCAUGCACUACUGGAUUCGGCUGGUGGGCAUGGGCGUUACCGGAUGCCUCUCUGCAAAGCCAAAGGAGCUGGACUUUGGGAACGUGCUGGUAAACAGCCGGGAGGUCAAGUCUUUGGUGCUCCUGAACGACAGCAACUGCACCCUCUAUUACCGCCUGGUCCUGGAGCAGCAGGGGCCCAAGGACUUCAACAAUGACCCCUGUGCUCUAGAAUUGAACCGGUUGGAGGGGACCAUGCCGCCUCAUUCCCAGGAUACCAUCUACCUGACUGCCUGUCCUAAGAACCGGUCCCAGUAUUCCUGGACCAUUAGCUACUGUCUCCUGUCCCACAGAGAUAGCGUGGCUGGCGAAACGCAGAAGCUGUGCCAUGUCUCCCUGGUAGCUGUGUACCCUUUACUCUCCAUCCUGGACAUCUGCUCCAUGGGCAGUGCUGAGGGCAUCACUCGGAAGCACCUGUGGCACCUCUUCUCCCUGGACACACUCAAUAGUUACUUGUCACGUGACCCAACCCUCACAGAGCUCACCUACAAGGUGCCUACCCGGCACAGCUUGAGCCCUACGCCCCCUGUCUUCACUCCUCUGAAGCUGGACUUCAAUUUCGGAGCAGCGCCACUAGAUGCCCCACCGUCAGUGGUACUCCUGGUACUGAAGAACAGCGGACUGGUGUCCCUGGACUGGGCCUUCCUCUUUCCAAGCGACCAGCAGCUGGAUCUGGAUCUGUGGGUGGAGCAAGCCGAGCUUAGCUGCACUGAGCUCCACCAAAUGCGUGCAGAGGAUAAUUGCCUCUUCUCCAUCAACCCCAAGGCUGGGACCCUGAGCCCUGGGCAGGAGCAGAUGGUGGAGUUCAAAUACAGCCACUUGUUCAUUGGCACUGAUCGCCUCUCUGUGCUCUUCAAGGUGUCCCAUGGACGGGAGAUCCUGCUACACUUCAUAGGCGUGACAGUAAGGCUGGAGCAGAAGUACGUGCACUUCACCUCCACCAGUCACCAGUUCAUCCCUGUCCCCAUUGGGGACACCCUGCCCCCUCGCCAGAUUUAUGAGCUAUAUAACGGUGGCUCGGUACCUGUGACGUACGAGGUCCAGGUGAACGUUCUGUCACAAGUUCAAGAAAAAAAUUUUGACCAUCCUAUUUUCUGCUGCCUGAACCCCAGAGGGGAGAUCCAGCCAGGCACCACGGCUCGGAUCCUGUGGAUCUUCUCACCCAUCGAGGCCAAGACCUACACAGUGGAUGUACCCAUACACAUCCUCGGAUGGAACUCAGCUGUCAUCCGCUUCCAAGGAGUGGGAUACGACCCCUACAUCAUGGGUGACACUGCUCCUUUCCACAACAUCUCCUCAUGGGACAACAGCUCCAUAUACUCUAGACUGAUGGUUCCUGGGCAGAACGUCUUCCUGUCCCAGUCUCACAUCUCCCUGGGAAACAUCCCUGUGCAGACCAAGUGCAGCCGCCUGCUCUUCCUCAACAACAUCUCCAAAAGUGAGACAAUUGUCUUCGCCUGGCAGCCAAGGUCCUUAGACUUCGGAGAGGUAACUGUGAGCCCCAUGGAAGGAGAGGUGGGUCCUGAAGAGGCCACCCCAAUCCUGGUGACCCUGAAGGCCUCAGUUCACGCCAGCUUCUACAGCAUGGACCUGAUAUGCAAGGUCUACCGGCAGGAACUCAUGCAUCAGUACCACAAGGACUUACAGGACUGGAAUGAGGAGAAGGCUCGGCAGGAGGUGGAGUUCACCAUCACAGACAUGAAAGCGAAGAGGAGAGCACCUUGCACAGCCUGUGAACCCGUGAAGAAGUACAAGACCCUGCCUCCCAUCACAAACCAGCCAUCUCUCAGCCGACCUGCCAGCUGGAACCUGAAGCUGGCAAAGGAGGAGACAUCGUGGCCGUGUCCUCAACCACCGGUGCCAGGCCUGCUCUGUCUAGGCCUCACCGCAAGGGCCCAUGCCAUUGACUACUACCUGGCCAACUUCUUCUCUGAGUUUCCCUGCCACUUCCUGUACCGGGAGCUGCCAAAGAAGAAAUUAUGCAGAGAAGAAUCAAAAGGUUUUGAGGAAGAACCCCCUGAUAAGGAGGAGCCUGUCUGGAGGCAGAAGAAGCAGCUUCUGGUUGACUGUCUCACGGCCAUCAUCAGAGGCCUGCUGGAAGACAAGACUUUCCAGGAGGCUGUGGACCAAAGUCUGGUGGAGCAAGUUCCUUACUUCUGCCAGUUCUGGAACGAGCAGUCAGCCAGGUUCCUGGCCCACAAGAGCAGCUUGUACUUAAUGCCAAUCCUGUCCCUGCCCUCCAGCUGCUAUGAGAACGGGAAAGGCAAAGAGCAGGAGGAGGACAAUUGCAGCUCAGGGAAGGAUGCAGAAGAGGAAGAGGAUGAAGAUGAGGAGGAGGAGGAAGAGGAGGAGGAGGAGGCAGAAGAAGAGGAAGAGGAGAGAGAUGAUGAAGAACUGAGCAAGGAGGAAAUGGAAGAGGAGAUAGACAAAGGGGUAAAGCUGACCUGGUCAGAGAUCAAGGCCACUUCACAGCCCACUGGGUCCCAGCAGUCCCUGCAGUGGCAAUGGCAGCAGGAUCUGAAAACGAUGGUAAAAGAGGAGCAAGAAAAUGAUGAGAAAGAAGCCAUUGGAAGGCUACCAGCCUUCCUCAACCUGCAGGAGGCGAUACUAGAGAACAUGAUCCAGAACAUUCUGGUGGAGGCAAGCCGUGGAGAGGUGGUGCUCACAUCGAGGCCCCGAAUCAUCGCCCUGCCACCAGUCAGCUUGCACAGGCCAGACAUCCUGUUGCCCACGCAACAAGGAGAAGUACUUUGCUCUGAGAUGCAGCAACCUACUACCAACUGUUUGCUGGGGUCAGCAUCCAGCCCCUCUUACGUUCCUGCCUAAAUUCCCCUUGUCCUGCUAGUAAAACAUUUAGU